CCCCCCGCCACCACCACCACCACCGCCGGGUCCUUCCCUCCUGCCCUCCCUCCCUGGCGCCCAUUAGCUAGCCCAGGCCGUGGGGGCGGUGGCUGGUACGUCUUCGUGCCAGGCCCAACCCCCGGAGACGCACCUGUUCUGACCUGCUGAGCAGGUUCCCAGGUUUCUGCCGUCGUCGUUGGCCACGGCGUGGGAAGCAGCUCUGGGGGAGCUCGGAGCUCCCGAUCACGGCUUUUCGGGGGUAGACGGAGCUGGGCGGGUAGAGGAGGGCUGGGUCCCCAACAGAGACCCCGGAGGGAUAGGCAGGCGAGGCAGUGCCUGAGGACUCCGCGAUUUCCUGCCUUCCGGGUCGCGCCCUACCCAGCUCUAGAGCCGGCUCCCAGGGAGAACUCAGGGGACCGUCAGAAACACUGGGCGGCUCUGCCUUUCCACCGAUGCCCCUGUCCCUGGGAGCCAAGAUGCGGGGACCCGAGGCCUUGCUGCUGCUGCUGCUGCUGCUGCUAUCGUUUCCAGGCCGCUGCCGGGCGGGCGAGCUGGAGACCUCGGACCCGGUGACCGUGGUGCUGGGCCAGGACGCCAAGCUGCCCUGCUUCUACCGAGGGGAGCCCGGCGAGCAGGUGGGGCAGGUGGCGUGGGCUCGGGUGGACGCGGGCGAGGGCGCCCGGGAGCUCGCGCUGCUGCACUCCAAGUACGGGCUGCACGUGAGCGCGGCCUACGAGGGCCGCGUGGAGCAGCCGCCGCCUCCACGCAGCCCCCUGGACGGCGCCGUGCUCCUGCGCAACGCGGUGCAGGCCGACGAGGGCGAGUACGAGUGUCGCGUCAGCACCUUCCCCGCAGGCAGCUUCCAGACGCGGCUGCGGCUCCGCGUGCUGGUGCCUCCCCUGCCCUCCCUGAACCCUGGUCCGGCGCUAGAAGAAGGCCAGGGCCUGACGCUGGCAGCCUCCUGCACAGCAGAGGGCAGCCCAGCCCCCAGCGUGACCUGGGACACAGAGGUCAAGGGCACCGCGACCAGCCGCUCCUUCAAGCAUUCCCGCUCAGCUGCUGUCACUUCGGAGUUCCACCUGGUGCCCAGCCGCAGCAUGAAUGGGCAGCCACUCACCUGCGUGGUGUCCCAUCCGGGCCUGCUGCAGGACCAAAGGAUCACCCACAUCCUCCAAGUGGCCUUCCUCACCGAGGCCUCUGUGAGGGGCCUCGAAGACCAAAAGCUGUGGCAGGUGGGCAGAGAAGGGGCUACCCUCAAGUGCCUGAGCGAGGGAUACCCUUCUCCCUCGUACAACUGGACACGGUUGGACGGGCCUCUGCCCAGCGGGGUGCGAGCGGAAGGAGACACUCUGGGCUUUCCUCCGCUGACCCCCGAGCACAGCGGCAUCUACGUGUGCCACGUCAGCAACGAGCUCUCUUCGAGGGAUUCCCGGGUCACUGUGGAUAUCCUUGACCCGCAGGAGGCCCCCGGGAAGCAGGUGAACCUGGUGUCGGCCUCAGUGGUGGUGGUGGGCGUGAUCGCCGCACUCUUGUUCCUCCUGCUGGUGGUGGUGGUGGUGCUCAUGUCCCGGUACCAUCGGCGCAAGGCUCAGCAGAUGACCCAGAAAUAUGAGGAGGAGCUGACCCUGACCCGGGAGAACUCCAUCCGGAGGCUGCACUCCCAUCACUCGGACCCCAGGAGCCAGGUGUGUGCCAAGCCGGAGGAGAGUGUAGGGCUGAGAGCCGAGGGCCACCCCGAUAGUCUCAAGGACAACAGUAGCUGCUCUGUGAUGAGCGAAGAGCCGGAGGGCCGUAGUUACUCGACGCUGACCACGGUGAGGGAGAUUGAAACCCAGACUGAACUGCUGUCUCCAGGCUCCGGGCGGGCAGAGGAGGAGGAAGAUCGGGACGAAGGCAUCAAACAGGCCAUGAACCAUUUCGUCCAAGAGAAUGGGACCCUGCGGGCCAAACCCACGGGCAAUGGCAUCUACAUCAAUGGGCGGGGGCAUCUGGUCUGACCCAGGCCUGCCUCCGUCCCCUAAGCC